AUACAAUAUCCAAUUAAACCCAUUCUGCAGCUUCUACUUCUCAUCAUUCUUGAACAAAAACAACCACCUUAGCAGCAGCCAAACACUACUUCCCUCAUCAUCCUUCGAAGUUAUUAAGGUUAGUGUAUAUGGAGAUGAAAAUGGGGAAUGCAGCAGCAUCAGUGGAAAGAUCAAAGAAGAGAUUAUCAAGCAGAAGAUUAGGGAGGUUUCUCAAGGAGCAGAGAGGAAGGCUGUACAUUAUGAGAAGAUGUGUGGUGAUGCUGCUUUGCUGGCAUGACUGAUUAAUUACAGAGCAAGAAUUAGCCUAGUGAUUCAUUAGGAGAUAAUUCAAAGGGUUUUGCUCCUAAUUAUAGUUUACUUUCCACUUUGUUGGGGCUUCCUUUGGUUUUGUGAUUCAAUUGUAAAUACCAACAGGGAAAUGUUGUUCAGAUCACUUCCCUCUUAGUAAUCUUGUAGCAUUAGUUUAUCAAAAUUAAUCAGUUUUUCCAUCUGCUUUAUUAGGAA